AUGGAGGGCUUCCCUUCCAACACAGCGAUAGACACGAAGAUGGACAUAGACGUCAGCAAGCCAUCGGAACCACAUAAGCUGUCUCUUACUCAAGAUGCUGGCUCUAUCCCAACACUGGAUGGCUGGAUCGAGAGCCUCAUGAGUUGCAAACAGCUGUCAGAGGCAGAUGUGUCUCGGCUAUGCGACAGAGCGCGUGAAGUUCUGCAAGAGGAGUCUAAUGUGCAGCCAGUGAAAUGCCCGGUCACAGUCUGCGGCGACAUCCACGGCCAGUUUCACGACUUGAUGGAGUUGUUCCGCAUCGGUGGUCCCAAUCCGGAUACGAACUACCUUUUCAUGGGCGACUACGUCGAUCGAGGAUACUAUUCGGUUGAGACCGUUACACUGCUCGUUGCUUUGAAGAUCAGAUAUCCUUCCCGUAUCACCAUCCUACGAGGUAACCACGAAUCGAGACAGAUCACACAGGUUUAUGGCUUCUACGACGAGUGCCUGCGCAAGUACGGGAACGCCAACGUUUGGAAGUACUUCACAGAUCUCUUCGACUACCUUCCCCUGACCGCCCUCAUCGACAACCAGAUCUUCUGCCUUCACGGUGGUCUUUCGCCCAGUAUCGACACCCUAGACAACAUCAGAUCUCUCGACAGAAUCCAGGAGGUGCCUCAUGAGGGUCCCAUGUGUGAUCUGUUGUGGAGUGACCCGGACGACCGCUGUGGAUGGGGUAUCAGUCCCAGAGGUGCAGGCUACACGUUUGGUCAAGACAUCUCAGAGGCCUUCAAUCAUAACAAUGGCUUGACCUUGGUGGCAAGAGCGCAUCAGCUGGUCAUGGAGGGCUACAACUGGAGUCAGGAUCGGAAUGUUGUUACCAUCUUCAGUGCUCCCAACUACUGCUACCGCUGCGGCAAUCAGGCAGCGAUCAUGGAGAUCGACGAGCAUCUGAAGUACACUUUCUUGCAAUUCGACCCAUGUCCUCGGGCCGGAGAGCCUAUGGUCAGCAGAAGAACGCCAGACUACUUCCUCUGA